UUCCCUGUCCCAUCUUCCAGCCUUCUGUUUGCUUGUUAACUUUUGUCUUCUCGCUCUGGUGCCCACCUGUCACCUGAAGCUCAAGGAGGGAUGGUCAGGGUUUGCUCCAUGACACCAGAGUUGGAAAGUACUCAGGGGUCUGCAGCUGCUAUGUUCCUCGUGCUCUCGUGGGGAGCAUUAACCCUUGCUUUUGUUGUCGUUCUUAACGGCUGGCUUUUGCUUUUGCCGACACCCGCUGCAAAAAGCACGAAGGGCCUACCGGGGAAAGAGCCUAAGCCUCGGCUUCAGAUGCUUGUGCAUUUCAUCCUACUGUAACACUUCUUAGCUGUGUGACCUUGAGUAAGUUGCUUGACUUAUCUGAGCUUCGGCCUCCUCAUCUGGACAGACUGGGAUAAAGUCCUUGGAGGCCUGCUGAGUGGGUCCGAAGAAAGAAUGUAUGGGAAAAAGCUUAUGGGACGUACGAGCGAGCUCCCCCAUACAUACCGUGCAGGGGCUCUCAACCUAGGAAAAGUCCGGCUGACCCUAAGUUUCUAGGAGAGUCAUGGGCGACAGCCUCAGCCCGGAGCCUCCUGGUCCCCUCGGGUCCCCUUUUACGUGCACCUGUCUUUGUCCCAUCUCCCCCCACCCCUCGCCAUGGCCAUUCUUCUGGUGGGGCUGUGGGGCGGGUGCGGCGAUGGACCGGGCGGGCACAGAACAGGUGGGUGCAGGCUGGGUGUCCGGCGCUGGGACACAAGUGCUCUGUGUGUAGGGUGGGCGGAAGUCAGGGCGUUUGAUCUGAAUUCUAAAGGGCGUUGUUCAGAGCCCCACAAAGGUCCCAUUGUGCAGACACUGGGUAUAAAGCAGCAUAUGACUCCCCAGCACCGGGCGGCGAUGAAUUGGAACGCAGGCGCGGACCCAGGGACCACUCCCCCUGCACAGACAUGAGACCAUAGGGGACCUGUCUGGGUGGCCUCAGGGAUAGGCGCUCCCCAAGGUGUGAAUGAGGCAGGAUGAACUGGACAGGUUUGUACACCUUGCUCAGUGGCGUGAACCGGCAUUCCACUGCCAUUGGUCGCGUAUGGCUCUCGGUCAUCUUCAUCUUCAGGAUCAUGGUGCUGGUGGUGGCCGCGGAGAGCGUGUGGGGUGACGAGAAGUCUUCCUUCAUCUGCAACACCCUUCAGCCCGGCUGCAACAGUGUCUGCUACGACCACUUCUUCCCCAUUUCCCACGUGCGCCUGUGGUCUCUGCAGCUCAUCUUGGUGUCCACCCCGGCUCUCCUUGUGGCCAUGCACGUGGCUCACCAGCAGCACAUAGAAAAGAAAAUGCUGCGCCUCGAGGGUCACGCGGACCCCCUGCACCUGGAAGAGGUGAAGAGGCACAAGGUCCACAUCUCAGGGACACUGUGGUGGACCUACGUCAUCAGCGUGGUCUUCCGGCUGCUGUUCGAGGCCGCCUUCAUGUACGUCUUUUAUCUGCUCUACCCCGGCUACGCCAUGGUGCGGCUCGUCAAGUGUGAGGCCUACCCCUGCCCCAACACGGUGGACUGCUUCGUGUCCCGCCCCACCGAGAAAACCGUCUUCACGGUCUUCAUGCUGGCCGCCUCUGGCAUCUGCAUCAUCCUCAACGUGGCCGAGGUGGUGUACCUCAUCAUCCGGGCCUGCGCCCGCCGAGCCCAGCGCCGCUCCAAUCCGCCCUCCCGCAAGGGCUCGGGCUUCGGCCACCGCCUCUCACCUGAAUACAAGCAGAAUGAGAUCAACAAGCUGCUGAGCGAGCAGGAAGGCUCCCUGAAAGACAUACUACGCCGCAGCCCCGGCACUGGGGCCGGGCUGGCUGAGAAGAGCGACCGCUGCUCGGCCUGCUGAUGCCACACACCAGGCAACCUCCCAUCCCGCCCCGGAGCCUGCCCCUCCUUCUCCCCUGCCGGGGCGCAGGCCUCUGCCUGCUAGGGACUGCUCCAUCAGAAUCUCCCUUCCCUCCCUGGUUUCCCUCCCUCGCACAGGGCCUUCGUCUGAGGGGCCCGAAGGGGGUGGGGAGCCGGAGGUCACCCGCGCCAGUGCUCAAGGUUGUGGGCAGGGGCGUGCGGGCAGCUCUUCUUGUCUGUACUCCCUUUCCCCUUCCCUCUCCCUGGGGCCACUGGGGACAAGAGAUAGGAUGCUCUGACAGCAUCUCCAAUUAUGAAACUAAUCUUAACCCCGUGUUGGCACAGACCCUAUUUCUGGAGUCACAUCGGUGGGGAGGGACGUGGGCAAGUGCAAUGGAAGGAGGGUGCUGUGGACACGUGGGGGGAAGAAGGGAGGGUAGGCAAGGCAAGAAAACUUGAGGGACAGCGCUUUGCGGGCCACAAGGAAAAGGAGGACACGUCCGGGGUGGAGGAAUUAGGGAGGGAGGGACAGGCAGAUAAGCUGCAGUGGGGGUUGGUCAGGGCCAUCUUUGCCUCAUUUCCCAAGGCCUCUCUGUGCCUGCAAUGUUACACAUUAAACGGGAUUUUACAGUAAACGAA